AUGGAUCAUGUCGUGCUCGCCCUCGCUCCUGAGAGAGAGCUUGUCCGCCGUUGGGCCCCUGAGCUCGUCGCGCUCUCCUACCUCAUCUCUUGGCUCGGCGCGUACACCAGCACGCAGAUCAUGAUCCACGCAAAGUACACCCGGAGCCCUGUCCUUCGCUGGACGUGGACGUUCUUCGCGAGCGCCGCGUUUGGGUUUUGUGCCAUUUGGUCGAUGCACUUUGUCGGUAUGCUCGCCUGCAGGCUUGACGUCAAGGUCAACUUCAACAUGCCCCUAACCAUACUUUCUGCUUUCGUCGCCGUCGUCUUCACCUUUACCGCGCUGGCAUGCCCAUACGCAACGGAGUCGAUUGAGCACUCGACCGCCGUCCUCUGCGUUUCGCGACUCUGGCAAGCGGUAGUCGACCGUUUUUCCUUCCGCCGCCCCCAGGAAGGUUACGCUCCUCUGAGCUGUGAAGACCGUCAGCUCAUCCUGCCCGUUGUCGCUGAUCUUGAAGAUAGGCCCUCGACUCCCGGUAACGCACCGCAUACAACCAGGGCUACCCCUCCUGACGGUAGAAGGCCGCCUCUCGUGCAGUCCCGAUCAUCGACGGAUUCGUCCGUCGACAGCUGUUCAACUUCGGGCUCUGAGGACUCCAGCUCGAUCUCGCCGACGCCUGGUGCGACCACGUGUUCGUCGACUGAGUCGUGGAACGGACCACUACGCCAUGGGUUGAGUCGGGAGGCCCAUUUGAGGAUCAGGGCGAAUGCGAACGAACGCCCCGUCCCGUACUUCGGGUUCCAAUACUGGUCCAGCAAGUACUGGACCUCCGUCAGCACCUUCCUGUAUCUGCGCGCUGCCGUCUGGGCGGCUGCGAUCGUGUUCAUGCACUACUGCGGUUUGUGGGCGAUGGAGAUCCCUGAGGGGCGGGUCGAGUGGAACUGGGCACUCGUGGCACCCGCGUACGCGGUCGCGUGUGUCCUGUGCUUCGUCGCCUGCCUCGCGAUGAACCACAUCGAGUCGGAAUUUGGGCAGCAGAUCGUCUUCAGCACCAUCGCGUCGAUAGGCUGCAGCUCCGUGCACUACAUCAGCGUUGCGACCGCGACGUUCUACACGCGCGCCGCUCCCGUGACGGAUCCGGGGUAUCCGGCGUCCAUCCCCGUCGCGAUCAUGGCGGUCGUCGGUUUUUUCUCUGUGGUUUCGAGUGUGCUUCUUGCGCACGUGGCGAUCACUGCCCGGAACCGCAUGGCGGAGGUGAUCCUCACGAAGCGGCGCCUGUGGCAAAUCAUGGCCGAAAAGGACGCCGCGGAGCAGGCGGUGGAGCUCAAGCAACAGUUCAUCUCCAUCGCAAGCCACGAGAUCAGGACGCCCCUGCACACGGUGAUCGGGUACUGCGAGCUGCUGGUGCGGGCGGAGUUGACGGAGGAGCAGUCGAUGUACGUCACGAGCAUUCAGCAGGCGUGUCAUGCGAUCAACGUGAUCGCUGGGAACGUUCUCGAUUUCAGCAAGCUCGACCGCAACAACGCGGAGCUCUCCGCACAUCCCGUGCUCGUGGACGUCCGCAAGAUGCUAGAAGACAUCGCGAAGGUUACGGAGGUUCGUGGAACCCAGCUUGGUUCGCCACAAGUAGACGUGAUGGUCUCGGUCGCGACCAACGUACCAGCCUCGGUCUACCUGGACGAGACGUAUGCGUUCCGUAUACUCAUGAACUUGAUUUCGAACGCUCAAAAGUUCUGCGAGGAAGGCUACAUCUGCCUGUCUGCGACCAUGUCCGGACCCACACAAUUGCAGAUCAGCGUCUCUGACACGGGCUGCGGGAUCCCGAGGGCGUUCCGGGGCGCGCUCUUCGAGCCCUUCCGCCAGGCGGACACCUCGCACACCCGGCCGCGGCAAGGCGCCGGCCUCGGCCUCAGCAUCGUCAAGCACCUCGUGCAACGCAUGGGCGGCACCGUCUCCGUCGAAUCCACUGAGGGCGAGGGGUCGACGUUCACCGUCGAGCUGCCCGUGAUGCUGCACUCGCGUCCCCCGUCGCGGGCGCCGUCUCCCGCGUACCCGCCCGCGCCGGAUGCUUCAAGCGGGCCCGUCGCGCGUCGAAAGAAACUCGUGCGCGUCGUCCACCGCGACGUGCGCACGCAGAAGCAAUACCUCCGCCUGUGGGCGGGGGCCGGCCAUGCUGCAUGCGCGGGCGCAGCGUCCGCGACCCUGGCCGAUCUCGCGUACGGCGUCGACGCCGUCUGGACGGACGCGGAGACCCUGGCGGGCUCCCCUGCGCUGCGCGCGCUCAUGCGCGGCUCGUCACCGUCCGCGGGUAGCCCCGGCUCGAGCGAGGAAAAGGAGGCGGCGCACGUGGCGGUAUUUGUCGUGCAUUCGAACGCGCACGACCUCACGCCGCUCGGGGACGACCUCGAGCACGGGGCGGCGGUCGUGCUGGUGAAGCGUCCGGUGGUGAUGCACGCCGUCGCGGAGUGGGUGGACUCGCCGGAGGGGCGGAUGGGGACGCACGUGCGGCAGACGAGGGUGCGCUUUGCGCUCCCGGCCACGGGCGCGAGCGACACCGACGGCGACACCGACGCGGAGACGGAUGACGAUACGGAUGCGGAGUGGGAGGAUCUGUUGUUGUCGGCGCCGGUGCCGAUGCCGCCCCCGGCGAUGAGGGAGAAGGCGCUGUCGAGGAUCGCCCUCCCAGGAGGGAAGAUGCGUGCGGGGAACGGGGCGUUGAAGGCGAAGACGGCAGGGGCGGUGGAGGUCAUCCCGCUGUCGCCUCCCAGCGUGCACCCGUUCACAGUGCUGUUGGUCGAGGACAAUCCCGUCAAUCAACGAUUAGGACAGCGACUUCUCGAGAAGUUGGGCUACGUCGUUUCUACCGCGAACGACGGGCAGCAGGCCCUCAACGCGGUGCGGACGAACGAAUUCGGGUGUUGUCUGAUGGACUGUCAGAUGCCUGUCCUCGACGGCUUCGACGCCACGACGAAAAUCAGAGAACUGGAGCGCACUGGCGCGCUCUCAGGCCGAUUGCCGAUCAUCGCGCUCACUGCGAACGUGUCGCCAGAGAGCGAGGCGCAGUGCAGGGCGGUCGGCAUGGACUACUUCCUGCCAAAGCCGCUGAAAAUGAACGAUCUCGACGCCAUUGUUCGGCGCCUGCGACGGGCCCUCCCCGUCGUCGUCUCGUGA